CCGCCUCUCCCCCGCUAAGCAUCAUGGGAAAACGAGUUCGAAACGCAGCAUGUUACCGUUCAAGUCAUAGUUUAAACACUACUACUCCCAGCGUGCAUUGCAACGACAGGAGUGCGUGUCUGACAUGGUCCGUCUUCCGUUUGUGGAAAGUUCCCCCUGAGGGACUGAAUUCCAUUGUAACAAUGGACGAGCUGCAGAGGAGAAUGGUACAAGAAGACGCCGUCCACUACAAGCUAUUUAGGACCCAUCCUGCUGGUUCUGCUGUGGACGAGCAUCCCUUCCCUCUCGUGGAGGAGAUUCUUGCAAAAGUGGCUCCUCUCUCAAUGCGAUACAUCUGGCAGAAUCAGCCCUUCAACCUCAAGUAUCAUCCAGAGGAAGGAGGUGUCCCGGCUCACAUCGGUGGCAGCACCCAGUUUGGGGACAAUGUGGAGGAUGAAUGGUUUAUUGUUUAUCUCUUGAAGAAAAUUACAAAGGGGUUUCCAGCGCUUGCUGCAAGUGUCGAGGACAACGACGGGGAAUUUCUUCUUAUUGAAGUAGCUGACUAUCUCCCUAAGUGGAUAAAUCCAGAUACAAGCCAGAACAGGGUGUUCCUCUACCGGGGUGCGUUGCAUAUCCUGCCCUAUCCCUCGCGUUCCAGUCCGAUCGGCAUCCCAAAAGACGUGGUGCCCACUGUUCCACAAGCUCUGGCGCUGCUACUCAAGCAGCCGGAAGCCUGCCGGGCUAACGACACGAUUAGUUCUGCCCUGGACAAGCGUCUCAAUGGAUAUCCAGAGAAGGUUGAAGCCGGUCUGCACCGUGCCCACUGCUUCAUCCCCGCAGGCGCGGCUGCCAUCUUAGCUCAGCGACCCGACCUGGUGGCGCCCGCCGUGUCUGCCUUCUACCUGCGGGACCCCGUGGACCUCCAGGCGUGUCGGAACUUCAGGAACUUCCCGCCCGACGCCCGAGUCUUAACCUCGGUGACGUUGACUCGCUGCCUCUACGCUCAGCUACAGCAGCAGCACUUCAUCCCAGACCGGAGGAGCGGCUUCACCUUGCCCGCACGCUCUCACCCUCAGUACAAAGCACACGAGCUCGGCAUGAAGUUGGCUCACGGCUUCGAGAUCCUGUGCUCAAAGUGCCGGCUCCCGUCCCAUGAAGAUACCGACUCUGUCAGUUGUAACCCUCAGUGGAAAGGAUUCAUGCAGAGUCUGAAGAGGAACGGUUAUUUCCGGGGGGAGAUGGAGGGGUCGGCCCGCUACAAAGAUCUGAUGAAGUCAGCAGAAAACUUCUUCAGGCAGUCGGUCGCCUCAAAGUCCAGUGACACGUCUCCAGGAGAGGAGCUCCUGCAGCUGCUGCACACCUGUCCCAUCAACAUGGAGGAGCUGAGGAGACAGGAGUCACAGCUCCCCCAGGAGGACAGCGACAGCUGGCUGGAUGUCACCGCCCAGGACCUGGAGCGCAUGCUGGAGGAAAGGGGCGGAGCCAGAGCGGACGCCGGCGCCGCUGAUCGGGCUCAGCCUGUCGCGGAGACGAAGGUCGGCGAGGAGAAGGAAGAGGAGGCGGGUUACAGCCUGGUCGCAGUCAGCCAGAGGAUGAAGAGCUUCCUCAACGCCGUGUCGUCACACGAGGGUGCAGAGCUGCCGUGGUCCAGUUCAUCCCAGCCAUUCAGAUUUGACCCAGACUCACUGACCAGUGCACUGGACCAACUCUUGGGAAGCAAAGACCAAGAAGAGCUAGAUUCAGAUGACUUUGAUGAUGAUGAUGAUGAGGAGGAUGAUGAUCAUGAUGAUGAUGAAGAGGAGGAGAAAGAAGUGGGGCCCCCAGGUCCCGCAGAGAUGAAUGGGAUGGAAGCUUUGGACACGCUCCGAGACUACAUGGACCAGAUGGACCAGGAACUGAUGAGCACACAUAUAGGACAAAGCUUUAGUCAGACGAAUCUCAACAAGACCACGUCGGAGAAAACCUCCGCCCAGGCCCCCCCCAUGGACACGGAGGAGAUCCAGCCUCUGGACGUGGACCUCAACCUGGUCACCAACCUGCUGGAGUCCCUCAGCUGCCAGGCCGGGCUGGCCGGGCCCGCCUCCAACCUGCUGCAGAGUCUGGGACUACACCUGCCUCCUAACUCCGACCGCUCAUAAAGGACUCCAGGUAGCCAGGGACUGCAGAUGGAAAUUAGCUAUUUAGCUAUAAUCUGGUACAGAACAUAUCUGUCUUUGAGCUUCAUGUUUCUGUACAUUGUCCCUUCAAAUAAAGACUAAACUAAACCUCAGGAACUUUGCUAAACUCCGCCCCUCACUCACUCUCUCUGAUGCCGAGAGGCUGGUCCACGCCUUUGUCUCCUCCAGGCUAGACUACUGCAACGCACUUCUUGUGGGGAUCCCCAGCAAGAAGAUCCAGAAGCUGCAAUACAUACAGAAUAGUCCUGCUAGGAUCCUGAUGAGAGUGCGGAAAUACGACCAUAUCACACCAACUCUCAAAUCCCUUCACUGGCUUCCUGUUCCACUCAGGAUUGAAUUCAAAGUCUCCCUACUAACCCACCAGUGCCUCCAUAGAAAUGCCCCCCUCUACCUCAAAGAACUGCUCACCCCCAAAUCCUCCACACGACACCUCCGCUCCGGACAGACUAACCUCCUCCAACCUCCGAGGACAAAGCUACGAACAAUGGGAGACCGGGCUUUCUGCUCCGCCGCUCCCAGUCUGUGGAACGCUCUCCCUGACCACCUGAGGGCACCACAGACUGUGGAUGCUUUUAAAAAAGGCUUAAAAACCCUUCUUUUUAAAAAAGCCUUUUUUUUUUUUAGAUAUAUGCAUGCUAUUUGGCUGUUCUAGUUUUUAUUUGUAUUUAUUUUUAUAGACAAGAGCUAUACUGAUGCAUGCUUGGUUAUGCUUUAAAGGCCUACUGAAAGCCACUA